AUGGAAAUUUUUUGGAAGACGUGGACGUGGAUUUUGAGCCUAGUUAUGGUUUCAUCGGAAUUUCACAGUGACAACAGGCUUUCAUAUAGUUCUCAAGAGGAAUUCCUGUCUUACCUUGAACACUACCAACUAACAAUCCCAAUAAGGGUUGAUCAAAAUGGAGCCUUCCUCAGCUUUACUGUGAAAAAUGCUAAACCCUCAAGGAGGAGGAGGAGCACAGACCCUUAUGACCAAGAACUGGCAGCAUCUAAAUUAUUUUUUAAACUUUCUGCCUAUGGCAAGCACUUUCAUUUAAACCUGACUCUCAACACAGAUUUGGUGUCCAGACAUUUUACAGUAGAAUACUGGGGGAGAGAUGGACCGCAAUGGAAACACGAUUUUUUAGACCACUGUCAUUACACAGGAUAUUUGCAAGACCAACACAGUACAACUAAAGUGGCCUUAAGCAACUGCAAUGGUCUGCAUGGAGUUAUUGCUACAGAAGAUGAAGAGUAUUUUAUUGAGCCUUUAAGGAAUAUAACAGAAGAUUCUAGUAACUUUAAUUAUGAGAGUGGUCAUCCUCAUGUUAUAUACAAAAAAUCUACCAUGCACCAACAACAUCUGUAUGAUAACAGUCACUGUGGAGUCUCAGACCUCACAAGAAGCAGUAAACCUUGGUGGAUGAGUGAUGCAUCUGCUUUUCCAGCUUCAAUUCCAGUCAAUGACACGUUAAGUAGUCACAAUCGACAGAAAAGAUCAGUAAGCCUUGAACGGUUUGUGGAAACACUGGUAGUAGCAGACAAAAUGAUGGUGGGAUACCAUGGCCGCAAAGACAUUGAACACUACAUUUUGAGUGUAAUGAAUAUUGUUGCCAAACUUUAUCGUGAUUCCAGUCUAGGAAACGUUGUGAAUAUUAUAGUGACUCGUUUAAUUGUCCUCACUGAAGAUCAGCCAAACUUGGAGAUAAACCACCAUGCAGACAAGUCCCUCGAUAGCUUCUGUAAGUGGCAGAAAUCCAUUCUCUCCCACCAAAGUGAUGGAAACACCAUUCCAGAAAAUGGGAUUGCCCACCAUGAUAAUGCGGUUCUUAUUACUAGAUAUGAUAUCUGCACUUAUAAAAACAAGCCUUGUGGAACACUGGGCUUGGCCUCUGUGGCUGGAAUGUGUGAGCCUGAAAGGAGCUGCAGCAUUAAUGAAGACAUUGGCCUAGGUUCAGCUUUUACCAUUGCACAUGAGAUUGGUCACAAUUUUGGUAUGAACCAUGAUGGAAUUGGAAAUUCCUGUGGGACCAAAGGUCAUGAAGCAGCAAAGCUAAUGGCAGCUCAUAUAACAGCGAACACCAACCCUUUCUCCUGGUCAGCCUGCAGUCGGGAUUACAUCACGAGUUUUUUGGAUUCGGGCCGUGGUACUUGCCUUGAUAAUGAGCCUCCCAAGCGUGACUUUCUUUACCCAGCUGUGGCCCCAGGUCAGGUGUAUGAUGCUGAUGAGCAGUGUCGCUUCCAGUAUGGAGCAACAUCCCGCCAGUGUAAAUAUGGGGAAGUGUGUAGAGAGCUCUGGUGCCUCAGUAAAAGUAAUCGCUGUGUUACCAACAGCAUUCCAGCAGCUGAAGGUACUCUUUGCCAAACAGGGACCAUUGAAAAGGGG